CGCCUCCCUCCGGCGCGCCGUCCCCCAUUCUCCCGGAUUAAUUAAGGAGGCAGCGGCAGGAGGCUGAGUCCUGGCCGCGGGCCGGGGCCGGGGCGCCGCUGGCAGGAGCGCUUGGGGAUCCUCCAAGGUGACCAUGGCCUUGCUGGGGAAGCGCUGUGACGUCCCUGCCAAUGGCUGCGGACCUGACCGCUGGAACUCCGCCUUCGCCCGCAAGGACGAGAUCAUCACCAGCCUCGUGUCUGCCUUAGAUUCCAUGUGCUCAGCGCUGUCCAAGCUGAACGCAGAAGUGGCCUGUGUUGCUGUGCAUGAUGAGAGCGCCUUUGUGGUGGGCACAGAGAAGGGGAGAAUGUUCCUGAAUGCACGGAAGGAGCUGCAAUCAGACUUCCUCAGGUUCUGCCGAGGGCCCCCGUGGAAGGAGCCGGAGGCAGAGCACCCCAAGAAGGUGCUGCGGGGUGAGGGUGGCGGCCGGAACAUCCCGCGAUCUUCCCUGGAACAUGGCUCGGAUGUGUACCUUCUACGGAAGAUGGUAGAGGAGGUGUUUGAUGUUCUUUAUAGCGAGGCCCUGGGAAGGGCCAGUGUGGUGCCACUGCCCUACGAGAGGCUGCUCAGAGAGCCAGGGCUGCUGGCUGUGCAGGGGCUGCCUGAAGGCCUGGCCUUCCGGAGGCCUGCUGAGUAUGACCCCAAGGCCCUCAUGGCCAUCCUGGAGCACAGCCAUCGUAUCCGCUUCAAGCUCAAGAGGCCUCUCGAGGAUGGCGGGCGGGACUCAAAGGCCCUAGUGGAGCUGAAUGGUGUCUCCCUGAUAGCCAAGGGCUCUCGGGACUGUGGCUUACACAGCCAGGCCCCCAAGGGCCCAGCCCAAGACCUGCCGCCCACUGCCACAUCCUCCAUGGCCAGCUUCCUGUACAGCACCGCACUCCCCAAUCACACCGUGAGAGAGCUCAAGCAGGAGGCGCCCGCCUGUCCACUUGCUCCCAGCGACCUAGGCCUAGGCCGUGCUGGGCCUGAGCCCAAGGCCUCUGGUGCCCAAGACUUCCCCGACUGCUGUGGACAGAAGCCCACCGGACCUGGUGGGCCUCUCAUUCAGAACGUCCAUGCCUCUAAGCGCAUUCUCUUCUCUAUCGUCCAUGACAAGUCAGAGAAGUGGGACGCCUUCAUAAAGGAAACCGAGGACAUCAACACGCUCCGGGAGUGCGUGCAGAUCCUGUUUAACAGCAGAUAUGCGGAAGCUCUGGGCCUGGACCACAUGGUCCCCGUCCCCUAUAGGAAGAUCGCCUGUGACCCAGAAGCUGUGGAAAUCGUGGGCAUCCCGGACAAAAUCCCCUUCAAACGCCCCUGCACCUACGGGGUCCCCAAGCUGAAGCGGAUCCUGGAGGAACGGCAUGGCAUCCACUUCAUCAUUAAACGGAUGUUUGAUGAGCGAAUUUUCACAGGGAACAAGUUUACCAAAGACCCCACGAAGCUGGAACCAGCCAGCCCACCAGAGGACACCUCUGCCGAGGCCUCCCGUACCACCGUCCUCGACCUGGCGGGUACUGCUCGGUCAGAUAAGAGCAGUAUCUCUGAAGACUGUGGGCCAGGAACCUCUGGGGAGCUGGGGGGACUGAGGCCCAUCAAAAUUGAACCAGAGGAUCUGGAUAUCAUUCAGGUCACUGUCCCAGACCCUUCACCAACCUCUGAGGAAAUGACAGACUCGAUGACAGGGCAUCUGCCUUCAGAAGAUUCCGGUUAUGGGAUGGAGAUGCUGACUGACAAAGGCCCCAGUGAGGACCCGCGGCCUGAGGAGAGGCCUGUGGAAGACAGCCACGGUGACGUGAUCCGGCCCCUGCGGAAGCAGGUGGAGCUGCUCUUCAACACGCGAUACGCCAAGGCCAUUGGCAUCUCGGAGCCCGUCAAAGUUCCCUACUCCAAGUUCCUGAUGUACCCAGAGGAGCUGUUUGUGGUGGGGCUGCCUGAAGGCAUCUCCCUCCGCAGGCCCAACUGCUUUGGGAUUGCCAAGCUCCGGAAGAUCCUGGAGGCCAGCAACAGCAUCCAGUUUGUCAUCAAGAGGCCUGAGCUGCUCACCGAGGGAGUCAAAGAACCCGUCACGGAUAGCCAAGAGAGGGAUUCCGGGGACCCUCUUGUGGACGAGAGCCUGAAGAGACAGGGCUUUCAAGCAGAAAAUUACGACACCAGACUCUCACGGAUCGACAUCGCCAACACGCUGAGGGAGCAGGUCCAGGAUCUGUUCAAUAAGAAAUAUGGGGAAGCCUUGGGCAUCAAGUACCCAGUCCAGGUCCCCUACAAGCGAAUCAAGAGCAAUCCUGGCUCAGUGAUCAUCGAGGGACUGCCCCCAGGAAUCCCGUUCCGAAAACCAUGCACCUUUGGCUCCCAGAACUUGGAGAGGAUCCUCGCGGUGGCUGACAAGAUCAAGUUCACGGUCACCAGGCCUUUUCAAGGACUCAUCCCAAAGCCUGAUGAAGAUGAUGCCAACAGACUAGGGGAAAAGGUGAUCCUCCGGGAGCAGGUGAAGGAGCUCUUCAAUGAGAAAUACGGUGAGGCCCUGGGCCUGAACCGGCCUGUGCUGGUCCCUUACAAACUGAUCCGGGACAGCCCAGACGCCGUGGAGGUCACAGGCCUGCCCGAUGAUAUCCCUUUCCGCAACCCCAACACAUAUGACAUCCACCGGCUGGAGAAGAUCCUGAAGGCCCGGGAACAUGUCCGCAUGGUCAUCAUCAACCAACUCCAACCUUUUGCAGAAAUCUGCAAUGACGCCAAGGUGCCAGCCAAAGACAGCAGCAUUCCCAAGCGCAAGAGGAAGCGGGUCUCUGAAGGGAACUCGGUCUCCUCUUCCUCCUCGUCUUCCUCUUCCUCGUCCUCUAACCCGGAGUCCGUGGCAUCAACCAACCAGCUCUCUCUCGUGCAAUGGCCAAUGUACAUGGUGGACUAUGCUGGCCUAAAUGUGCAGCUCCCGGGACCUCUGAAUUACUAGACCUCAGUGCUGAAUCAGGACCUCACUCAGAAAGACUAAAGGAUAUGUAAUUUAUGUACAAAGUGUAUAUUCGGAUAUGUAUCAAUGCCUUUUAGUUUUUCCAAUGAUUUUUACACUAUAUUCCUGCCACCAAGGCCUUUUUAAAUAAGUAAAAAAAAAAAAAAAAAAAAAAAAAAGCGUUGCCUUUCCUCCUAACUGUUGCAUGUUCUUUUGGAAUUGCGGCUGGCGAGCCAUCUCCAGGAACACGGUCAGGAAGACGAGCUCAGGUGGUCCCCCAAGGCUUCUCCUUCCUUGCCAGAGCAGAGAUGGUGUCCCUGACCCCUGGGCCCUGGUGUCUGGGUGCAGAUUUUACUCGCUUUUCUGCUGCUGGGGCCAUGCACGGAAGGCAAAAUGCCAGAAACCCCUCCCUGGCCUCCAGGAUUCCAUGUUGGGGGCCCUCUUGGCCCCCAUAACUCAGGUGAAGUCGAAAGUGUUGAGUGUGAUACUCAAGCAUAGACUCUACAUGGCUGUAGGGAAAGCAUUUGGAGAAGAGGCUUUUGGUUUGACCUGAAAGGGUGUAUGGGUUUUUUUGUUGUUGUUGUUAAGCUAUGCAGAAAGAGAUACAACUCUGUAAAACACAAAACCCAGGAGACAAAAAGAAAACAUUCAUAGAGGUAAAUAAACACAACUUUAAAAUUUCUUGUAAAAGGUGAAUAACAGACUGGGAGAAAAUAUUUUUCCAACAUACAUAACAUGCAAGUUAGUAUCUUAUGACUCAAUAAGGAAAAGAACCAAAAUUUGUUAAUGGAGAAUUUAUAAGGAAAGAAAUAAUAUGCAUCUAUAAUAAGCCUAUGAGAUGCUGCACAAGCUCAGUGGAAACCAAGGAAAUGUAACUAAAGCAACACUUUUGUAGAUAUACUUUUUCAUCCAUCAUAAUCAUUCUUAAUUCAUUCAGAGUUAAAUGUUGUUAAAGUCUCAGUAUAAUAGAUAGUUUUAUGUGCUGUUGAUAAGAGUAUAUACUGGAACAACGUUAAUGCUAAUAUACUCUUGGCCAAGGAUUUCUUAGAGCGGGCAGAUUUUUGAUUGAGCCCAGGGUACCUGAAUGAUGGGUCCAAGCUAUCUCAGAAAGACCAUUUGGGGGCAUGUAGAAAGGUGACAGCUACUCAUCAAUUCACUCAUUCAUUCCUGGUGGCACACCUGUCUAGGUGUGCCCUGGGAUAGACGUCCUGCCAAGGAAGAGCAGGGUGCCCUGGGAGCGUAAGGCAGGGCCACCUCACCUAGUGCAGGAUCAGGAAAGGGUUUUAGAAGCUGAGACCUGAAGAGCGAAUUGGGGUUGGCAGGACAGAGCAGGGAGGGGAGG